AUGGGGUCACCGCAGCUUCCGCGCAAGGUUGAGCGUGGUAAGGAGGACGACGGUUCAGAUACAAAGAGUACCGCUAAGGAGUUGAACCUGAAUAUCGAUGUGAGGGAAGGUAUGCCGGUAUUAAGAGGAAUAGGAGGAAACCUGACUUGCCCUUUAGGUGUAGCUACCUAUGAAUACAACCGCAUGCCUUUCGGACUAGUUAAUGCACCAUCUGUGUUCCAAAGGACAAUCCAUAAAAUAUUAAAGGAGGCCCAAAUUAAAUAUGCUGUUCUCUACAUGGAUGACAUACUGAUACCAUCCAAGGAUUUUAGGGAAGGCAUCCAAAGACUAGGCGAAGUUCUCACACUGAAAUUAAGUAGUAAAGAAAAAACUGAAGCCGUCUCAAAAUUCCCAACACCUACCAAUCAGCACGAAUUGCGUCAAUUUCUGGGUAUGUCUGGGUUCUUCAGACGGUUUAUACAGGGAUAUGUUACGAUAACUGCACCGUUAACGGAUUUACUGAAGAAAGACGCUAACUGGGGUUGGCCGAACAGGAUCAGGCGUUCACAGGUAACACAUGUACUAGAUGUUUUACAAAUACAGCAAAUCGAACAGGACUGGAUUACGACGGUACAAACUGCAGAUGACGAGAUAAAUAAAAUCAAAAGGAUUCUUUCUGACCCUUCAUCGGCGGAGGUAGCGGACAUACACAAAAACUACAGACUGAAGAAUGUCCAUGUUUACCGCGUGGUAGAUGCUCUAUCGACAGCCAAUCACGGCGGCGACGACAAGUCGUGGGACAACCACAUCACUGAUAUACAGGUUGGUAUGAACACAGCUCGACAUAAAACUACCCAAAAGAGCCCCUCUGAGCUACUAUUUGGAUUUAACAUAAUUAAUAGAACGGAAAGCAUACUUAGUACGGUAAUCAAUGACACCCUAAAUAGGACUCCCAUUGAGGAAUUGGCGGAAGUCAGACAACAGGCUAGUAAAAAAAAAAAAAAACAGCAACAAGUUAAAGAUGCAGUCAAUUUUAAUAAGCAUAGGAAACCAGCGAGGCAGUACCAAGAAGGGGAUUUAGUACGCUUAGCAAGGCAGGCUCCGCACGAUGGAAAAUCUCAAAAGCUCUCUGUUAAGUACCAAGGCCCUUAUCGUAUACUAAAGGUUCUUCCCAAUGAUAGGUUCGUGGUAGAAGAUAUACCAAUGACUCGCAAAAAAGGUAGAAGGUAUGAAGCAGUUGUAUCUAUUGAUAAGAUUCAGCCUUGGAUGUCGUUCUGUAGAGAAUUAGAAUCUGAUGAAUCUAGUUAUAGUGUUGAUGACAGUGAUUACAUACUUGAUUACUCAGUUUAUGUUUGA